GGUUUUGGAUCAGCGCCUUGGUACCGAUGAAGAGGAAGGGUCCAGGUGGGCGGGCUCACGUGUAGGUGUUGCCAAGACGUGUGACAACAUAUACAUGACUUUUAUUGACAAGAUGCUUACCUUUUGGCAGACCAAAAUGAAAGGAUGUAGUUGCUAUGGCGACCCUGCAUGUGUGUCCCAGCCUAUGAUUGGCUGAGGGGCGAGUGGGCGGGGAGCUCAACCGGGGAAGGAGCCGCUCUUCAUCCCUCCAUCUUCUUCAUCUGCUUGUGCAGAAACAAAGUGUCUCCAUCUCUCAUCAGUCCGGCCUUCAUCAUCAUCACCAUCACCCCUGAGGAAGACUGACACAGCCCCCAGACCCUCGCCUCGCUGGGUCGCCAUGGCAACGGUCAUCUGCACUCGUUUCACUGAGGAGUACCAACUGUAUGAGGAGCUGGGCAAGGGAGCUUUCUCUGUGGUGCGCCGCUGUGUCAAAGUCCUGUCAGGUCAGGAGUACGCCGCCAAGAUCAUAAACACCAAGAAGCUCUCUGCUCGAGAUCAUCAAAAGUUGGACCGCGAAGCUCGAAUCUGUCGUUUACUGAAGCACCCGAACAUCGUGAGGCUACAUGACAGCAUCUCCGAGGAGGCUCAUCAUUACCUCAUCUUUGACUUGGUGACAGGUGGGGAAUUGUUUGAAGACAUUGUAGCCAGAGAGUAUUACAGCGAAGCUGAUGCUAGUCAUUGUAUACAACAAAUUCUGGAGGCCGUGCUUCACUGUCACCAGAUGGGUGUGGUCCACCGAGACCUCAAGCCAGAGAAUCUGCUGCUGGCCUCCAAGUCCAAAGGGGCGGCGGUCAAACUGGCUGACUUUGGUCUCGCCAUCGAGGUGGAGGGCGAACAGCAGGCCUGGUUUGGCUUUGCAGGAACUCCUGGUUAUCUUUCUCCUGAGGUUCUGAGGAAGGACCCGUACGGAAAAGCGGUGGACCUGUGGGCCUGUGGUGUGAUCCUCUACAUCCUGUUGGUGGGUUAUCCUCCAUUUUGGGAUGAAGAUCAGCAUCGUCUGUACCAGCAGAUCAAAGCUGGAGCGUACGAUUUCCCAUCGCCCGAGUGGGACACGGUGACCCCAGAGGCCAAAGAUCUCAUCAACAAGAUGCUGACCAUCAAUCCGGCCAAGCGCAUCUCGGCGGCGGAGGCGCUCAAACACCCCUGGAUCUCUCAUCGCUCCACGGUGGCGUCCUGCAUGCACAGACAAGAGACGGUGGAGUGUCUGAAGAAGUUCAACGCCCGGCGCAAACUCAAGGGAGCCAUCUUGACCACCAUGUUGGCCACCAGGAAUUUCUCAGGAGGAAAGAGCGGCAGCAACAAGAAGGCCGACGGUGUCAAGGAGUCAUCAGAGAGCACAAACACAACCAUUGAGGAUGAGGACACUAGAGUGAGGAAGCAGGACAUCAUCAAAGUGACUGAGAUGCUAAUCGAGGCCAUCAGUAAUGGCGACUUUGAGAGCUACACAAAAAUGUGCGACCCGGCCGUGACAGCAUUUGAACCCGAGGCUUUGGGGAACCUCGUGGAAGGGCUGGACUUCCAUCGCUUUUACUUUGAAAACUUGUGGUCCAAGAACAGCAAACCGGUGCACACGACCAUCUUGAACCCUCACAUCCACCUGGUGGGGGACGAGGCGGCAUGCAUUGCUUACAUCCGCGUGACGCAGUACAUCGACGCCAACGGGACGCCACGGACCGUCCAGUCGGAGGAGACUCGAGUUUGGCAUCGCCGCGACGGGAAGUGGCAGAUUGUACACUUUCACCGCUCAGGCUCCGCCUCCACGCUCAGCAACUGACUUCCUGUGUGGGCGGUCCUUUGGUGGGGUCACCAUCGCCUUGACGACUGAUUGAUUGACAGCAGGCGGGCAUCUGACAGCGACAGUUUUGAGAAUUUGUGAGAAGAGGAGGAGGGGCAGAGGGCGUGGCCUAAUGGAGAGGACAUAGUCUUUCUUGUUUCUUAUUUGCUGUAGUGAUUGAUUGAAGCUAAAGAAGAAGUUGAGUGCCGCCUGACAGCGCCCCCCUGUGGCUGGCGGCUUUAGCUCAGCUUAGCACAAAGAUGACGUGUUAGCAUAGCAUGCAAACAAUUCAAUGUAAAUGUCCACUUAGUGAAUGUAAAACCAUUUGAGUCUUCAGCCAGCUGGGGGUGCUGGGAAAGAGUCGCUAGUUGUUCAUUGAUUCUUUUUGCUCCAUCCACAAGCUUCCUCUCUGACCUGCGAGCUUCCAUACACACCUGCCCUUAGCCCCGCCCCUCAAUCAACAUGUGACUAUUCAUGUAGUAAUAAUUCCAAGUGGAUCGUCAAUGAAACUUCUUUUUUUUCGUUGGGGGGGGGUUUGGCUAAUCAGUGUGUGCCUGGUUUGAUUUAGGAGAUUUAAUUAGCAUCUUGGAUGGUGGACUUCUGCUUUUUAGUGCAUGCUUUUCCCUUCUUAUCUACUUCCUGUUUGGAAUCAUGUGACUUUUGGCUCAGGUGUUGGCUUGUUUAAAUUUGAAAGGCCUCCAGUCAGGGUCAAAGGUCAGUCAGUUUGUGCUUUCUACAAGUGAAAUGUUGAGUCAACAUACUCCCUGCUGAUAUUUACCACUAUUUGUUUGCUAACGCUUGAAAGUAAAAGUGAAAUCUUCUCUGGUGACGUGCUCAUUGUGACGUUACGUCUGAAACUUCCUGCUUGGAUCCUGAUGACAUCAUCACGCAUCAGGAAGCACUUUUUCUUUUUCUUUUUUCUUUUUUUUUUUUAGCUUUAGUGCUGUUAGCAGCUGUUGCUUUGGCUACGAGCUAAGAUGCUAACUUGCAGCACUUGUGUUCCACCAAGGAUGCUAAACGUGCUAACAAUCACGUCUCAGGUGAAGCGGUGACAUCAGCCACAAGAAAAUGUAAAAAACUCAAUGUUGUGACGUGUCAGCGGCAGCAUGCUCGCUGUGUAACAGGAAGUGAACGUGUGUGAGUGUGUGUGUGUGUGUGUGUGUGUGUGUGCGCGUGUGAGAGUGCGUGCGUGCUAUAUGCUCCAGUGUUAAAUAAAAAGUUGAUCAAAGCAGUCAGUUCUUUGAUAUCAUUC